AUGUUUAUGCACCUCUGGAAAUUAUUGAAAGUCGGCAGUGUAAGGCUUGGUGUAAGGCUGAAACUGAAGAAGAGAAGCAAAAUUGAGUUGGAUCCGUUCGUAAUUGCACGCAAAGCAAUAGCGUAUUGUCGUUCUCUCAUGAAGCUGCAGGGAGUUACUAGAGGUGGUACAACCUACCAAAUGCCAUUUCCCAAGUCUGCACACGCUGAAACGCAUCUGAAAGAUUUAUUGGCAAAUGAGCUCUUGGCAGUCAGCUAAAACGAAGGCCUAAC